AUGGGGGCCGCGGGCAGCAACCCCGCCGGGGAGCCGGCCGAGCGGGGCUUCCCCCCGAAGUUGCGGUCCAGCCGGCUUUGCGCAGAGGGAGCCGAGCGGGGCUCCGGCCUUCCUGCGAUUCUGCGCUCGCCCGAAAACCUGCGCUGCGUCUGGAUCCCGCGCAGCGAGCGGUCUCUGCGGAAGCGGGGCUCCGCUCUGCGCCCCUCCCGCUCGGGCCAUGGCACAGGCGCCCUGCCCGAUGCUUUGUGGGUGCGAAGCUGGAAACGCCUCCUCUCCCACCUGGGUGGGACUCUGCUGGGUCUGGAGCAGGCCUUGGCCCCCCGAAGCCCCCCGAAGAGAGAGCUGGUGCAGGGAGACAAGAAGACCCCUGAUAUGGCGGGUGCCGAGUGGCCAACGGCCUCCCAUGCCUCGCUCUUCCUGCCGGAGUUUCCUGUCCAGCCUCCACUGCAGCGGCAGCAACUCAAGAUUCUGGGCUUCCUGGCCAAGGGCACCUUUGGGACCGUCCUCAAAGUGCUGGACAGCUCUCAAGCGAAGGUCUUUGCGCUGAAGGUGGUGCCCAAAGUGGAGGUGCUUCGCAGGGACAGCGUGAGGCAGUGCAAGGAGGAGGUCAGCAUCCAGAGGCAGGUGCACCACCCGUUCCUCCACUGUUUAGGAGACAGCUGGCAGGGAAAACAUCAUCUCUUCAUUAUGUGCAGCUACUGCAGCUCCGGGGACCUCUUCACGCUGUGGAAGACGGCCGGGCCCUUGGCCGAAGGUGCCAUCCGACUCUUUGCCACGGAGCUGGUGCUGGUGCUGGCCUAUCUUCACAACCAGGGUAUCGUUCACCGGGACAUCAAGAUGGAAAACAUCCUUUUGGAUGAACAAGGUCACCUGAAGCUGGCCGAUUUCGGGCUCUCGCGGCAUCUGCCGUGGGGCAGGCAAGCCUUCACCAUCUGUGGGACCCUCCAGUACAUGGCCCCAGAAGUGCUGAGUGGCGGUCCGUAUGCCCACGCUGCCGACUGGUGGUCCCUGGGGGUGCUGCUGUUUGCAAUGGCCACUGGACAGUUCCCUGUCUCCCCGGAGCGAGACCACCUGGCCAUGUUGCGGAGCGUGAAAGGCAGCACGUAUGCCAUCCCGGCCGGGCUCAGCUGCGGCCUCCGUCUCCUGCUCAGCGAGCUCUUGUGCCAGGACCCUCAACGCCGGCCCUGCCGUCUUCACCACUUCCGUGCCCACCUCUUCUUCCGUGGCAUGAGCUUCGAUGCCGACACCCUCAGGAAGCAACCGGCAGAUUUCGCCCUGCGCUGGCAGCAACUGCAGAGCCCCCCAAUGGACCCCGCUGCCUUCUUGGAGUUCGACUGUGAUCUGGGCGGGCCCUGAGCCACCGGCAUUCCCAAGGGACGCAGCGCCCCAGCGGUGCCCGCGAGAUACUCUGGGCAGGCACUUCUUGGCGUGGAUCCUUGGGCUGAAACCCCACCGUAGACCCCCAAGGCGGGUCCCCCGUUACCACCAGCAGGAUGUGGGCACCGGUUUCCUUCUUUCCAGCCCUCGUGGUGCUUUUUGGGAAGGCUUGGGGUGGGGUUUGGGGACCACCAAUAUUGGGGAUCGGAAGAGGCAGAUUUGCAGAGCAGGAUGGGAGGAGGAUGGGACCCCAAAGGAUGGGAAUAUUCUCUUCUUCCUACUGUUUAUAUAUUGUUACAGGUAGUCCUCGACUUACAACAGUUCAUUUAGUGACCGAACGGCACUGAAAAAACCGACUUAGGUCUUAAGGGACUUAGGGACUUAAGCCAGAUUCACUUAACAGCCGUGUUCCUAACAAUUGCAGGGAUUCACUUAGCAACUAGGGCAAGCAAGGUCAUAAAAUGGGGCAAACUCACUUAACAACGGUUUUGCUCAGCAACAGGCUCAAUUGUGGUCGUAAGUUGAGGACUAUCUAUACUGGUUCAGUCUUCUUUUUACCAGUUUUACAGACUACAUCCAUGCUUUGCAGUGGGUUUUGCUCACACCGGAAAUCUCUUUUUGGGGUCUCUGCAGGGGUCCCUGCUUGGUCUUCAGGGGGAGGGGAGACUGUUCAGGGUCUGGGGGUGCUACUCAGGGUUUACACAAUAAAUAGCUCCUCCUGAUCCAGGGGUAUCGAACCUAAGAACUUUCAGACUUGUGGGUGUCAACUCCCAGAAUUCCCCAGACAGCUGGCCAUGGAAUUCUGGGAGUUGAAGUCCACAAGUCUUUUAAGUUCCCACGGUUAGACAGCCCUGCUCUAAUCCUUGCCUAAGUUCCUUAAAAACAAACCAGCAAAAUGAAUCCCUUGCAAUCCUCUGAGCCAGGUUUCUCUUUAGGAUCUAGUUUUUCACACUUUCUUCUUUCCCCCCACUUAUGUUGAUGUUGUAUCACGGUUUAUGUUAGCACACACACACACACACACAUACAUAUGUCUUUUCCCAUUAGUUCAAAGCAAUAAAAGACUUUC